GAACUCGGGAGGACGAGAGCCGAGCGCGAGAGGGAGGAACGCGCCACCGAGCCUCAGCCAAUCAAAGGCCGUCAAGAGCGAUUCAAACGCUGUGACUUGGCCAAUGGUGGCGGUUGGCGCCUUGCCUUUCGCGCCUCCCCAUGGGACUGGGGGGGAGGGAUUUGGAACGUCGCUUGCGCUCCCUCCAGUAACCGUCGCCUGAGGCGGUUGCUUUUUGUUGCUGUUGAGUUUGCCGCUUCCUUCCAUCGUCUGCCCGUCCAAAGCUUCUCAUUGCUCAGCGAAGGCCUUCGUGCUGGAUUACAGAGCGGGAGAGCGGCCAGAUUGAAACAUGCCCAGGAGAAAGUUUGCCGAUGAAGAAGUGGUAAUGGGCCGGUGGCCUGGAAGUGUUCUGUAUUAUGAAGUGCAAGUAACCAGCUAUGAUGACCGCACUCAUCUUUAUACCGUAAAAUACAAAGAUGGAACUGAACUUCAGCUGAAAGAAAGUGAUAUGAGGUCAGUGUCAUCUUUUCGAUUUAGAAAAAGCAGUUCUUCCUCAGGUUCCCCAUCAAGACGCAGUGGUAGCAGAUCUAGAUCAGGCUCUAGAUCUCGUUCACCUGGUCGGCCAGCAAAACACAGACGUCGUUCUUCCUCUCAAAGCAGAGAAGCGAAAAAUGAAAAGAAUAUGGUUGGGGAACCUAAUCUAAUUCCUUUGAAACUAAAUGAAAACAAUACAAACCAGUAUAAUGGGGAGCCAGAUGUCACAGAAGUGAAUUACUCUUCUCACAACAUUCUAGAGCGACAAAGAAUUGGAUCUGAACGUGCCAGAGAACGGUUCCUGGAACGGUACAUUUUGCAUCCAAGGCAGGAGGAGAAGAGAACAGAAGAGAUGUAUUCAGAAGAGAGACGUUUUGAGACACCAAAACCUGUUGUAAAAGUAUGCACGAAGACAAAGGAAUUAGAAUUUGGAGGAAAAAUUGGUACUUUCUUCAUGAUGCUUAUUUUGCCUGUAAUUGUACUUUACUUGGUCUUAAUGUGUACUCAGGAAGACCCCAGUGUUCUGAAUUUUCCUCCUCCCCUCCCAGCUUUCGAAAGUUUAUGGGAGACAAGAGUGUUUUGUGUCUUCCUUCUUUGGUUCUUUCUCCAAGCCCUGUUUUACUUGCUGCCAAUAGGAAAGGUUGUAGAAGGGACUACCCUUUCGAAUGGAAUUAGACUGGAGUACAGGAUAAAUGGAUUCUAUGCUUUUAUCCUAACAGCUGUAGCCAUUGGAAUUUCUCUGUAUUUUGAAAUAGAGCUUUACUAUUUACAUGACAAUUUCCUGCAGUUUGCAGCCUGCGCUUUGGUUUUUUCUGUGGUGUUGAGCAUUUAUCUCUAUGCCCGUUCACUGAGAGCAUCUGAGCAGGAAUUAUCAACUGCAGGGAAUUCUGGGAAUAUAAUUUAUGGGUUUUUUAUGGGCCGUGAAUUAAAUCCUCGCAUUGGAAAUUUUGACCUGAAAUACUUCUGUGAGUUACGACCAGGGCUGAUUGGCUGGGUUGUUAUUAACUUUGCAAUGCUCUUGACGGAGAUGAAAGUGCAACAUCUGAAUAUACCAUCUUUAUCAAUGAUUCUAGUUAAUGGUUUCCAGCUUCUCUAUGUGGUGGAUGGUCUUUGGAAUGAGGAAGCUAUUUUGACAACUAUGGACAUCAUCCAUGAGGGUUUUGGGUUCAUGCUAGCAUUUGGAGACUUGGUGUGGGUUCCUUUUCUCUUCAGCUUACAAGCUUUUUAUUUAGUGAAACAUCCCAAUGAGCUUUCUUGGUUAACAGCUUCUGCAGUAAUAGCUUUGAAUAUGCUUGGAUAUUACAUUUUUCGUAGUUCAAACUCACAGAAAAACUCAUUUCGACAAAAUCCAAAGGAUCCAAAAGUUGCUCAUUUGAAAGUUAUUCCCACUGCAAAUGGAAAAAAUCUCUUGGUUUCUGGCUGGUGGGGUUUGGUGCGUCAUCCCAACUAUCUAGGGGAUAUCAUCAUGGCUCUCGCUUGGUCCCUCCCUUGUGGCAUCAACCACAUUUUACCAUAUUUCUAUAUCAUAUAUUUUAUUGUUUUGCUUAUUCAUCGAGAAGCCCGUGAUGACCGUCUGUGUAAGAAAAAAUAUGGCUUAGCAUGGGAAAAAUACUGUCAACGUGUGCCAUAUCGCAUAUUUCCAUAUAUCUACUAAACAUCUUCACAUUGGUAGAUGAUGCAGAGCUUUUGCAGUUAAAUCAUCUUUGCAAUGAACCACAUACCUCAUACCAUUGCACUUGGUAUAUAUG